AACCUUGUUUAUAUCAUUUACAAAUUUAAUUUACUAAUAAAUAGUGUAAAUAAUGGAAUUUAAUUUACGUUAAUAUUAGAAGCUCUUGUUUAUAAAAACUUAUUUAAAGUGAAACUUUAAAUUCGUACAAGAUAAAAUGUCCGAAAUAAAGGAGGAAGAAAACGAAACGAAACCAUGUAUACCCCUGAAAUCGUCCACAGAGAUACUAUCGGAAUUAUUCAGCACAUUCCAUGCAAAACCACCGUUGAUUAUCAAAAAAGAGAAGCUCGAAAAAUCCGAGGAAUCCAGCAAGAAGCACAAGAAGAAGAAGAAGCACAAAAGCAAAGACAAGAAGCACAGGAAGAAGGAGAAAAAGAAAAAACGCUCGAGCAGCAGCUCCUCGUUCAGCGACGAAGCCGAGAAAAUAGACUUGGCCCACAUUCUGAUAAAGCAAGAAAAAGAACUGGCCGAAAAGAAGAUCAAGAACGAAUUCAAAGAGUUAAUUAAGACAGAAAAAGAUUCACUCGAUAGCGAAAAGUGCGAUGAUAAGCCCGAGGUGAAACCCAAAAUCGAAGAAUACGAAGAAGGAGAGGCCAGCAAUUCCGAUAGCUCCAAGAAAAAGAAGAAACACAAGCCUAAAAAACGUUCGAGGAGCAAAAGCACCGACGACAAAAGAAAGAAGAUCAAAAUCGAACUCAAAUCGGACCCGUACGACAAAUACGUGGGCUACGACAAAGAGAAAUCCAAGGAGAAGGAAAAAUACAGAAGGCACAGUAAAGAGAGACACCACGAACGUUGCGAUCGAAGCAAAGACAGAGAAAGAAACAGCUUUUACACAGGAAAAAGCAAGGAUCACGAAAGAGACAGGCACAAAGACAGGGAAAGGCACAGAGACAGAUCGAGGGAGCGCUACCGGGAUGAAUACAACAAGGAACUCGAAGAAUAUCGUAGAACGAGAAAUAAAACGCAUAAAGACGAUGAUUUCUACAAAAAUGGCGAAUCCGAAGAGAAAUGGUUUAUGAGAGAAAGGUAUCGAGGGCAUAAUGAACGAGACCGCCGAAGAUCCCCGUCGAACGACAGAGACUCCAAGUUCGAUAAGAAAAAACUGCUGGAAAUAGCGCGGAAAAACGCCAUUACAAUGAUGAAAUCCGGCAGUUUACCCGGAGCCCUAACGUUAGGGCCUCAAGCCCAGGAGAAAGUCAUAGCGGCCAUUAAAUCGGGCGGUAAAACUAUCGAAGAACUGACCGAUUUCUGCAAAACCCUCUCGAAGAAGGAGGAACUCGGAGAGCUCUCCAGUCUUUCGGAGAAAGAUGAUACAGAUAGCGAUACUGAUAAGCCUUUUCAUCAUCCUUUCCAGUUGAAGGACCGUCCGACUUCUAUUACGAUGAAUAUUAAGAAUUCGGUGCCGUUGCCUGUGAAAUCGGCCUUAGAGCGUACCAGCGAGUUGAGGAUACAGUUUCCGGUGAGCAGCGGACAGCAUCACCGCAAAGGCGAGGAAUGGCUGCCGGUGUCGCCUCCGGUCGAGAAGAAACCCGAUCCGGCGCCUUCUACUGCGGUUCCUCUGGCCAUAAUGGAGGCGCCGGCGCCGGUUAAAGCGCCGGUUCCACCCGCUCCGCUACCGCCGGAGGAUCCGCCGACGGUGCCGGCGCCGCCGAACGCUCCGCCGGGACCCCAAGUGUUCCCGACACCACUGAAUCAGCCUUCGGUGGAUAUCGGUUCGAUCGUGUCCCAGAGGCUGUCGGCUAUGAGAAGAUUGCAGGAGAAUCCCAACGACGUGCAGGCUUUGACCCAAAUGUACAAGUCCAACAAAGAGAUGCAAUCUUGGGCGACGAGCAAGCAACAGUUGGGCCAGUUUACGGGUUCGACGGGAGCGCAAAUUUUGUCCCAAGCCGAAUUGUCGUCGGGUUACCAAGCGUGGGCCAAAAAGGAUCAACUGCAGACUGCGGCGCCGGUGUCGGGCGGCAUGGGGAUGCACCUGUUGCAGAAGAUGGGCUGGAAGCCGGGCGAGGGACUGGGCAAGGACAGGACGGGCGCGCUGGAGCCGCUGCUGCUCGAAGUGAAGCUGGACAAGAAGGGCCUCGUGGCCAACGAGGAGCAGCGGAACAAGAAGAAGCAGAAGGCCGUCGCCAGCGUGAAGAACUUCCAAGGGAAGCAUCCGGUGUCGUUGCUGGGCGAGUACGCUUCGAAGAAGAAGCUGGGCGCGCCGCAGUACGUGCUGGAGUUCGAGUGCGGGCCCGAUCACAAGAAGAAUUUCCUAUUUAAGGUUAUCCUUAACGGUGUUGAAUACAAGCCGAAUGUGGCCUCGAACAAUAAGAAGGAGGCCAAAGCAGCGGCCGCUACGAUCUGCCUGCAACAAAUUGGACUUUUACCAACUUGAUUUUAUUGUAUCAUAUGAAAGUAUAUUUUGUAAGCCGUUUGUUUUUGUUUAAAUAAUUUUCAAUUAUAUUUCUGUGAUUCGA